GAAGGAUCACGUGGGUCACGAGCAUAUUGCGACAAGGUCAUGGCCGGAGCACUGGAGCUUUUUGACCAAAAGCUUUGAUGACUUGGUGCGAGACGAUUUCCCCAACAGGAGUCAUGACAGGACGAAGAAAGACGCCGCUAAGAACGCCAUGAAGAGUCUCAUCGAGGUGCGUCCUGUGACGCCAGUUGAAAAAUACCUGAAAGUGCUGCCCUCAACCAAACCAGUUCCUAAAACCACUUCCGGUCAGGUGGGAUGGCGAUCGACAGACAGGGUUCUGGCCCUUGAAAAAUAUGGCGGCUACGCUCGCCCCAAAGGAGGAUUGGUCAAACAACUCAACUGGCCUAGCGAGGCUGUCAACUAACUGGCUCUAUCCUGUACUGUCGAACUGGGAAAUACCUACUUAUGAAAAACAUCCCGAUUUGCCGAAAUUAUUUUUUUUAAUUUAAAUGCAACAUGUUUGCUUUAUAGUAAAAAAAAAAAUAUUGUGUUACUGAUUAAGCAAAAUUGAAUUAUAUUUCUUAAUUCAUCUCUGUCAUUUCGACUUUUUUAAAAAUCCCAGAUCGCUGAAUUAUUUUUGUAUUUAAAUGUAACAUGUCUGCUUUAUAGUUAAUUAAAAACACUGUAUAAUUGAUAAAAGGGAAAUUGAAUUAUAUUUCUUAAUUCAUCUCUGUCAUUUCAACUUUUUAAAAAAAAUCCCGAAUGGCGAAUUAUUUGGGUAUUUAAAUACAACAUGUUUGCUUUUAUAUAUAAAAAAAAAUAUUUUGUAACUGAUUAAGCAAAAUUGAAUUACAUUUCUUAUAUUCGUCGUUGUCAUUUCGACAAAACGAAACUUAAUUCAAUUCUCACAAUGAUCGCCUUAAUCUGGAAAUAAUUUGUAACCAGAUUUUUUACACAACUGUAACUUACUUCCUUCCUUGCCUGUUAGACUUAAACAAUUACUCAUGUGUAGUUAGAGUUUGAGAAAAAAAUAAUUAUAAAAAAAAAACACUAAAUAAAGCACAAAUAUACGGUUCUGUUUUAUACAAGUUUUAUUGCAUUUGUUAUCGAAUAGUUUUCGGAUAUCCAACAAUUUUUUUAGAACACUAGCUCUGAAGCUUGUUUUACAAUGUCUUGUUAAAGCCUUCAAACUAUGAUG